AUGAGAAAUUUUAGAGAUGAAGAACAUCCAAUGAAUCUUAAGGAAGAAAUGCGAUAUAAUUUUGGUAAUAGUUUUAAUAAUUAUGAACAACUUAGGAAUCUUAACCCAAGUAGAUAUUAUCCUUCAUAUCAAGGAAAUCAAACCCCUGAUUGUAGAGAUUAUAUCCCACUCUCGAAGAUAAAUUCAACAUACAUGAUGAAUCAAAAUAAUAAUAACAGUAAUAAUAGGGAACCAUUAAGUGGAAUCAGAAAUUAUUGUGGCAAUUCAAAUAUGAAGUAUCCCUCAAAGAAUUAUCCCCCAGAUUACCAAACUCGGGCACUGACUACUUCAAAUUUUACCUCCACUACAGCAUCAUCAGAAAAUUCGUAUACUACCGAUAAUGGGGAAUCAAAUGUAAUGACAUUUUCUACUAUGACAUCUCAUAAUGGGGAUAGCAGCCUUAGUGAAGACUGCAGAUUGUAUGAUUCAGAAGAUAGAAGCAGUAAAAGGUAUACUUCCGAGACUCCAUCUUAUUUUAGUUCAAUAUCUUCAGAAAGGACCAAUAUGGAUUUUAUACCUGUAGUAAAUGAAUCUUCUAAUUUAAAAUUAAGAUCAUUGAUAUUCCAAGAUGUAGGUGAAGAUGUCACUGGAAAUAAAAUUUUUACAAUCACUAUCGAAAAUGAAUCAUUAGAAGAUGUAAGUGGAUUAAAACAUAUUGUGCCGAAUGUUAUUAACUGUAAUAUAAGUUCAAAUAAUAUCACAUCGCUUAUUGGUCUACCGAAUAACACAACUAUUUGUAAUUGUUCUCAUAAUAACAUCAGUUCUGAAGGAUGUAGGUUGGCUGAGUUAACUCACCUUGAACACCUAAAUAUUUCUGAUAAUAAUAUUGGACCUGAUUUAACUCUAUUAAAAGCAUGUCUUCAUUUACGCUCCGUCAAUUUGUCACACAAUAAAAUUAGGUCUUUAGAAGGUAUAUAUGAUUCGUGGUUACCAUUAAUUGAAUUAGAUCUAUCUCAUAAUGAGAUUACUGGUAUUAUAGAUUUCAAGAAAAUUGUUUUUAGCAAUUUAACUCAAAAACAAAAUUCAAAUUCGUUCCAUUAUAAAGGUUGGUUCACCAUUGAAAUUUUGAAUUUAUCAUAUAACAAGAUCACAGAAGUUAAAAAUAUUUCAUUACUUCCAAAUUUGAAGGAAAUAAAUCUAAAUGGAAAUCCAAUACACUCUUUAAGUGAACUUACAAAACAAAUAUCUAAUAUUAAACGAUUGCUGCUGAGGGAUACUUCUUAUAAAUUAAAAGCAAUUAUGAGUUUAAAUGGACAUGAACUUCCUUUCCCCUUUCUAGAAACCUUUAAAACCGAUGGCUUUCGUGAUAUGAAUAAAUGGCCUGGAAUACCUGAAACUGUUACCUCUUUAGAAAUAUCAGAUUGCUUCCAGGAACAUUUACCGAAAUGGAAUAUAUUUCCCAAUACUUUGAAAAUUCUCAAACUUGAACGCAUAAGUGAUUUACAACAACUUCCAAGUAACUUUAGUUCACUUCUUCCAAAUUUAGAAGAAUUAUACUUACCGAACAAUAACCUUGUCAGUUGUCAUAAUAUCCUUAGUACUGUACCAACCAACAAAUUAUUUUUGAUAGAUCUAAGAGGAAAUCCUAUAGCAAUUAAAUACGAGAUAGAAAAUCAGGAUCCAGAUAAUGAGAAUAUAUCUGAAAUACGUCGUAUAAAUGGUAUUGAAAAUUGCCGGAAGAUAAAACCAAACUUAUUUAGUUUGUUAUGUUUGGGGUUUCCAAGACUAAGGACAAUACUUUUAAGAAAUAAAAGUCCGACGUAG